AUUGGCAUGUUUGUCCCUUCAACUUGACGUCGACUCGCCGUAGAGUUCACGCCGUUACGCAGCAGUCCAGCAGCGGUUCAACGGAAACAGCCGACCAAUCGCCCUGGCUUUUGGUCCCCUCUUCAAUGAUGACACUUGAUCCGUGUUUGGAAUGUCACUCUGUACCUGCAAACGACGUGCCUGUGGAUCAUGAACAAUUCGAGGCGGGUCCAAGCCACGGCGGCCAGUAUUACCCAGAUGGAGCGGUCGACGAGUUUGUCCCCUGGAUAACCGAUGUGACUGGCUGGCUUAUGAGGCAGAGGUGCAGUACAUCCACGCGAGAGGUGAAUACUUCGUUCCAUCCUUCUGCACUUGUCUCAGCAAUUGCCAUGGAAGGCCGUCAGCUACCGGUGCCCGCAGUGUCCCACAUCUCUCUCUCCCGGGUGAGGCACUUUCUGGGUCUCGCAUUGGCCGGUUUGACUGGAGGAGCUGGUGCCCGGACCGAAUGUCGUCAAGGUGCAUGGCUCAUUAGACUCGGCUCGCCUGUGUGCCCUGGCAGGGCUAUAAAUGUUGGACGCUUGGUCGUGGUUGGCGAGACUAUGAAUCCAACGAAACGCCAUGCAAGUGGACUAACAACCGCGGUAGAUCUGAUCAUCAAGGUUGCUAGCGGAUCCUGCGCCAUGCAGUUUGCGACCACGCCGGAGCUCCUGGCAGCAAUCCAUGUGGAGCAUACUUAUAGCCCAUGCCGCGGCCAUACGAGGCCGGAAAUGUACGCCGGUGGGUAAGUUAGAGUCUCGUAGUCCCGGGUGUGGACGAAUAUCACCCGAGGCGGC